AUGAAGCUAUUUAACUGCUUGCCUAAAUACCUGUUUGUUAUUUGCACAAAAUGCAAGGUUAGAUGUUGUGCAGGUAAAGCCAGGACCUAUUUGCGCAGAAAGCAUGAUUAUAUAAAUGCAAGGCAGCAAGCGGAAGUCGUGAAGGUAGUAGAGAGAUUGGAGGGUAUUGUGCAGAACCAGGAUGAGUUGCAGACAUUUUGGUUCCUGCCACUAACGGUUGACCUAAUCCUAUUUAUUGCGCUGCCUAAGUCUAACAGGUUGCAAUGCAACAAGUGCAGGUUUGUUACGCAAGGCAAAUAG